AUGGCGUCCGGCCCUGAUAAUCAGCCUGAGCUCGGGUCAGAUAUUUCAGACUGGGAGAUCGAAGAAGGUCUCCCGCAAUUUGAAGACCAAUUCAUACAAAAGUAUUUCCAAGGCCGCGAAGCCCUUAUAGAUCAAGAGAAAUCUCAGCGGAGUGAUGCAGCUUUCCGCCAAUCUCUCACACCACUAGCCACCGAAGCGUGUGCAAUAGUAUCGCGGAUAUUGGUCGAGGAACAUCGGACUAUUUGGACCGGCGAGUUUCAAGAUGACCUUGCUCGGCAGGAAGGCGUCAACUUACAUCCAGGAAUGAUGUUUGCGCUUGCCCGGGACACAAUGGAGAAAACGAAAUCUUGGCGAAUAGUGAAAAAAAUGCCAAAAGGAGCCUUGUUGCAUGCGCAUCAGGACGCUAUGAUCGAUGUGGACUGGCUCAUUGAUGAAUUGCUUGGGACAGAAGGAAUGGCUAUGCUGGCAGAAGAGGCGUUGUGUGGUCCAACAGCGAGGGCGCACGGAAAGGUGGUUUUCCGUUACUCAAAAGGAUCACUAGCGACCGCUUCAUCGAUUUGGAGCGAAGAAUACCAACCAUCUCAUCCUGUUUCCAUGAAAGAGGCUGCUGGGAGCUUUCCUGAUGGUGCUACAGAUGGUUUUAAGGCCUGGCUAAAAGCCAGGUGCACCAUCACCCCGGAAGAAUCCAUCAAGCAUCAUCACGGACUUGAUGCCGUCUGGAAGAAAUUCACAAGCUGCUUUCCACUACUAGACUCAAUGGAGUAUUAUGAACCUAUACUGCGGGCGUCUAUGCAACGUCUUCUACGACAAAUCGUGGGUGAUGGCUUGAGUUGGGUAGAUUUUCGAUGCACAUUCGCAGCCGAUUUCAGAUUAGAGGGUUGUGAAGAACCGUCUAAAGGUCCCGAUGAUCUUGUUCGCAUCUUCAGCGAAGAGCUGAAGAAAUUCAAGGCUACCGAGGACGGAAGAAAUUUCUGGGGAUAUCGAUUCAUAUGGACAAGUUUACGAUCCUGGAGCAAAAAGAAAAUUGUGGAUCACAUGAAGCAAUGCAUCCUCAUGAAGAAGGCCUAUCCUGAGCUCAUCGCUGGCUAUGAUGUUGUCGGACAAGAAGAUAUGGGGAGAUCACUGGCAGAUCUUACACCCGAACUAUUCUGGUUCAAGAAGCGCUGCUUCGAGAACGGGGUUGAUAUUCCGUAUUUCUUUCACGGAGGCGAAUGUCUGGGAGACGGCGAUGAAACGGACCAAAACCUCUUUGAUGCCAUACUCCUUGGGACCCGAAGGAUUGGCCAUGGAUUUUCGCUAUACAAGCAUCCUCUCUUGCUGGAGAUGGUCAAGACAAAAAAGAUACUCAUAGAAUCGUGCCCAAUCUCAAACGAAGUAUUGCGCCUCACAAGCUCCAUCAAAUCACAUCCUUUACCAGCCCUUUUGGCUCGAGGCGUCCCCUGCGCUCUCUCGAAUGACGACCCAGCUGUCUUAGGGCAAAGGGAAAACGGUGUGACGGACGACUUUUGGCAGGCAUUGCAGGGGUGGGAGAAUCUUGGCCUGGCUGGGCUUGGUUCUCUUGCGGAGAACAGUGUACGCUGGGCAGCACAUGAGGAUCAAACAACGAAGGAAUGGACUGAAGACAUCAAGAAAGGAGUUUAUGGCGAAGGGAUACGGGCUUCGAGGCUAAGGGAAUGGCAUAUGGAAUUCAACAGAUUUUGCGAGUGGAUCUUGUUAGAAUUUGCUCUUGACUACGGAGGCGAUGAAGACUAG